AUGUCCAAGCGAAUGACGGCCGAGAGGCGAGGUGCGACUGUCGUGGAGGAACUCAAAAAAUGCGAAAGCACUUUGGAUAUGGAAAAGAACGAAAUUGCCAGGAAGGAAAGUGAAGUCAUUUCGCUUUCAGAACAGCUUAGAAAUAAAGUAACAGAAAUGACAGAUUGUGAAACUAAGAUUAAAGAUGUAGAGGAAAUUCGGACAAAUUUGAAAACGUGUGAGGAAAACAAAAUUGGAAUAAAUCAAGAACUGCAGAAGAAGAAAGAUGAACUCAAGGCUGCUUUUCAGCAAUCUCUACCACAGGAUGCAGAACAAUGCAAACUCUGCAAAGGCCAGUGGAUAGAAGAAAAGAGAAACUUUUUAAAUAGCAUUGAGAAAGCUUUGGGUCGCACUACUUUGAUGCAACUCCGUGAGGCUGGUGUCGAUAUUGGAAUUUAUGCUCAAGAAAUUGAUGCCCAACACAAGUCAAUGAUUGAUCAGCAAAAUCCACAGGGCAAUGGAAAAGCUUUACCUCAAGGACAGGUUAAUCUGGUCAAUGUUGCAAAUGGUCAGGCCAACCAGUUGCCUCAAGAACAGUCCCUUCAGGUUCAACCACAGGCAGCUCAAGUCCAAAAUAACUUUCCUCUCCCACAUCUCCAAGGUCAGGCUCCAGUGGUUAUGGUUCAAAGUGCUCAGGACAAUAAUGUACCUCAAGGUCAAGUACAGCAGGCAAAUCCCCCGGCAGUGAAUCCAGCUGUUGGAACUGUAGUUGAGACAAAUGCCCUUGCUGUUAAUGGUGAGAGUGCUGUCAAAGUCAAUAGUAUGCAAUCAGAAAAUGCUGUGGUUAAUAAUCCUCCCCCAGAGAAUCAAGAUGUACCACAUCCACCAGAUUUUGCCGCCAAUCCUGGUUUCGAGAAUGCUGGUCAAGUAGUAAAUGAUGCAGCUAAUCAGCCAACAAACCCAGUUGCAGCAGAAAAAGGUGCAGAUUCUGUGGUUGCUAAUGCUGCUGAACAGCCUGCUAUUCAAAGUGAUUCUGUUCUAAACCGUGUAGAGAGACCCCCCUCAGAUAUGAACAAGACCACUGCAGGAAAUUCACUUAUGAGCUUAAACAAGUCCAACACGCCCCUCCCAAAAGAGGCCCUCAGUGCUUCUAAUAGCUCCUUUAGUUCUAGAGCACCAGCCCAGUCAGUACAGACUGACAUCCAGCCGGCACUGCAUGCUUCCCAGUCUAACAAUACUGAUAACAACCAAACGUUGGACCUUAGAUUGGGCCAUGGCCUACCCACAGCCAACCUGGCUGAGUCCAAUGAUCAAAUGAAAUUUAAGCAGAACGCUGAACCAGUCCCGAUUGAUGACCAUGCUGGGGAAACUUUAAAAGAUAGUGCAGCAAAGGUGAGACCUCCUCUCUUCGAUAAUUACAGUAGUGAUUUCAAUGAUGGUAAUGCACUGUCACAGGCUGAUGACACAUUACACGACCCCAACCUUCCCCAGAAAACCUUUCAUGAACAGCUUUUGCACCCAUCUGAUCCCAAUAUUGAUACUGCCAGUGACACUGAUGCUGAAGAGGGCAAAGCCAGCCAAUUUUCGUGGUUCAGGAGAGAACACGAUGGCCAACAUGUACCUGGGAUUCAAGAUGGCCACAAACUGUUCAUUCCUAGUCUUGAGAGUAAAACCUCUGAUGAUGACAAUGACUUUCGAGCACAUCUUGGUGUGGUUGCUGACUCCCAGGGUGAAAUUGGUCAGUCCAGGCAGGGUGGUAUUGUUCAGGAUGAAGACAGCAUUGACAAAAUGCAACACAAUAUGAACAUGGAGGAUGAUAGAAUGAAUCACGGGAAAACUGUUUGA